AUGUCCAGGAGCUCGAAGGUGGUGCUCGGCCUCUCGGUACUGCUAACGGCGGCCACUGUGGCCGGAGUGCAUCUGAAGCAGCGACAAGACCAGCAGAGACUUCGUGAUGGAGUGAUCAGAGAUAUUGAAAGGCAAAAACGGAAAAAAGAAAACAUCCGUCUUUUGGGAGAACAGAUUGUUUUGACUGAGCAACUUGAAGCGGAAAGCGAGAAGAUGUUAUUGACAAAAGGAUCUCAAAAAACAUGA